GUGAUAUGUACCUUUAUGGGAAACUCAAUUGUAAAUUUGAUGAAAAGUUAGGAAUUAAAUAUUUAAAAUUAGCUGCUCUUAAUAAUAAUGAUGAAGCUAUUAAAAUUCUUGAAAAUUUAGGUGUCGAUGUAUACGAUGAUAGCAGCUAA